GUUUAGGUUUAGUUCCGUUACACUAUAAAAUCAGAGCCAGCGCAAGGUUCAUCAUCAUCAUCUAAGGCGAUAAACCUAGCCGCGAGACGAAAUCAGAGUCUCUUCGAGAUUCAUAUAAUUGAAAUGGAACCAUCAAGUAGUCCAAAAGCACCGUUAAUACCUGAAAUUAAAUUGAAAUCUAAUCAGAAAAAGAAGAUUCCUUCUCCAAAAGAGUUGAUAUCUUAUUAUGAAUCUCAAGGAAUGGAUUCAAAUGAAGCUUCUUUGAAGGUUAUUGAGGAUUUGCAGAAAGCUUUAUUUGGAGUGAUUUCAUCUGGUAGAGGUAAAAAUGAAAGGGUUUUGAAUGAAUCUUCUAGAAAGAUGGAUUCGGUUAACAAUAGACUUGCGGUACUUGACAUGAAGUUGGAUUCUAAGCCGGGUUAUGUCGAGACAUUUGCAAUUGGUGUUGUUUCUGGUGCGGCUCUUAAUGGAAUUGGGGCUAUUUUGCCUCAUAUUCUUUCGCCUAUUGCUCAAAUUUGGAAUUCUGUUACGUCGGUUACUAAAUCUACUCCUUAAUGACAUUUUUGAUUCAUUUUUUGUUGUAUGUAUGUACACUAUUAUUCAAUUUAAUGUAUGCUUAAAUAUUGUAUUUUAGUUUUGUAAAUAAAUUAUUGAACUAUUAGUUUUGUAAAUAAACUAUUUCUUUUACAUGUCUCA